GACUGUCGCAUGAACAAAAGACACACGCACUUGAUGAUAAACAACAAGAUCCAAGUCCAAAAAAAGAGAAUUGUGUAAUUUUGUCCUUUUUUUUAUAGACCGCUAAAAUGAGUAUAAAAGACAAGCUCAAGUUGGAUCAUAUACACCUCUCUUUUUCUUCUUUUCUUCUUAAAAAUGGCCUCAGAAAGAAUCUCUCAGAUUUUGCCUACUGUCAAAUGUUCAGACUGUGGAAAAGACGUCGAGAUUCGUCGUCUUGGUGAUCAUCUUUGUUCAACUCCACCUGUGCCUUCUAUUCCCAUAAUUCCAACGCUCAAAGGUAAAAUUGGGGGGGAUUGAAUUGAAUGGUAUUGACUCUCUGUAGACAAGAGUAAAUUGUAUAAUAAUAUCAACAACAAUAAUAAUAAUAAUAAUAAUAA